UAGUUGACGGAUGAAUGUCAUCAUACUUUUUAAUGUAUCCUAAACGUUUUAAAUUGCUUAUUAAGUCCGUGUUUGAAAUUGAUGUGUUGAGUUUAAUUUAUGGCAUACCACAUACGCAGUUUGAGAAGGGCAGCGCUGUGGUUUAAUAGAUCCAGAAGGUAUGACCAGCUCCUGUUACUAAAUAUGGUGUGUAGCUGUCCAAAAAUAAAGAUUAAUGGUUAUCCAGCAUAUUUUGCUGAAGAAAACAGGGAGUGAAUAAUGUACUUUAGGAAGGUUAUAAAUAUAUUAAACACUAUGCUUGAUCAAAUAGGACUGCCACUAUCUGAAAAGCUUUGCUGUAUUCUCAGACUUCUUAUUUCUACUUUUAUUAGCCCCUCAUCACUACUCUCAAAACUGAGCUUAAAAAGAAAUUGCAGAUUUCUUUUUUUAAAUGUAAUAUGAGAAUAACUUCUGCGAUGUAAUCAUCACUACAUUUUUUUUUGGAUCGCUAUUAUUGACAGUAGUCCGUGUGCAUGUGCUGAUUUUAAAUCUUUACAGCAACUGUUAGGUAUUACUAUCUCUGUCUUUCAGGUGAAGCCCAGGUCCAGAGAAAGUGAGUUAUUGAACCUGGUCACAGGUGGUUUGCAGAAGAGCUGUGUCAGAGCCCAGGCACCUGCAACCUCAAAGUCCAUCUUCCUUCCGCCCCUCUGCACGCUUCCCCUGAUCAGAGUGCUUGUGAACCACAGACUUAAAACGUUCAUUCAUUUGACAGGAAUUUUUUGAGUCUUACUUUAGGCACAGUAUUCUGUCUGCCAAUGUUCAUGUGUUUUGAAUAGCUGCUAGCGUUGAAUUUGGUUGGGUCCUACCCAGGAAAGCUCCUGUCGAGGGGAGAAGGCAGACACAUGACAAUACAGUGUAACUGUUACCGUAGAAGAAUGACCAGGAAUAGAAGAUGAGCAGACCGAUAACACCAUCGACAUAUGUGCGCUGUCUCAGUCUUGGGCUAAUUAGGAAGCUGUCGGAUUUCUUGGACCCUCAAGAAGGGUGGAAGAAGCUGGCGGUAGCCAUUAAAAAGCCAUCUGGGGAUGACAGAUACAAUCAGUUUCACAUAAGGAGAUUUGAAGCAUUACUCCAGACUGGAAAAAGCCCCACUUGUGAAUUACUGUUUGACUGGGGCACCACGAAUUGCACAGUUGGUGAUCUCGUGGAUCUUUUGGUCCAAAAUGAGUUUUUUGCCCCUGCAAGUCUUUUGCUACCAGUUGCUGUUCCCAAAACUGUCACAACAUUACCUUCCGAAGAAGCUGUAACAAUUCAGCAGAAGCAGAUGCCUCCCCACGGCGGAGACCAGACACCCGUGGUUUCUGUGCAGAAUCCUGAACAAAACUCUGUGCCCUGCGACUCCUCAAGUCCAGAAAAUUGUUCAGAACUUAGUGAUACACGUUUUCACAGUUUUUCAUUUUAUGAAUUGAAGAAUGUCACGAAUAACUUCGAUGAACGACCCGUUUCUGUCGGUGGAAACAAAAUGGGAGAAGGAGGGUUUGGCGUCGUGUACAAGGGCCUUGUGAACAGCAGGACCGUAGCGGUGAAGAGGCUCACGGCGAUGGUUGACAUUAGUACUGAUGAACUGAAACAACAGUUUGAUCAAGAAAUAAAAGUCAUGGCAAAGUGUCAACACGAAAACUUAGUAGAACUCCUUGGUUUCUCAAGUGACGGAGACGACCUCUGCUUAGUGUAUGUUUUCAUGCCUAAUGGCUCAUUGCUAGACAGACUGUCUUGCUUGGAUGAUACUCCACCACUUUCUUGGCACAUGAGAUGCAAGAUUGCUCAAGAUGCAGCAAAUGGCAUCAGUUUUUUACAUGAAAACCACCACAUUCAUAGAGAUAUUAAAAGUGCAAACAUCUUAUUAGAUGAAGCCUUUACAGCUAAAGUGUCUGACUUCGGGCUUGCACGGGCUUCCGACAAGCUUGCCCAGACGGUCAUGACCAGCACAGUUGUGGGAACAACAGCCUACAUGGCGCCUGAAGCUCUGCGAGGAGAAAUAACCCCAAGAUCUGACAUCUACAGCUUCGGUGUGGUUUUACUGGAAAUAAUCACUGGACUCCCAGCUGUGGAUGAACACCGUGACCCUCAGUUACUGCUAGACAUUAAAGAUGAAAUUGAAGAUGAAGAAAAGACAAUUGAAGAUUACAUUGAUAAGAAAAUGAGUGACAUUGAUUCUGCUUCCAUUGAAACUAUGUAUUCUGUUGCCAGUCAAUGUCUGCACGAAAAGAAAAAUAAGAGACCAGACAUUAAGAAGGUUCAUCAGCUGCUGCAAGAAAUGACAGAUUUGUAAAACUAUACUGGAAUAAAUUCUUGACAUUUUAAACAUAGCUAUCUAAGCCAUUUUCAAACUAAUUUUCUUGGUAAACAUUCUUCCUUACCGUGAACAAGGCAGCACGGAGCAGUGCGGUGGUUUCUGACACUGUGCGGGACCCCAGCACACGGAACAAAGGUAAGACCGCCGGGUGAGCUCGGAGCCCUGCGUCCCAGCGUCGGCCUCAGUUCUCGCGGUAAUUCCCGAGACUUCUCCUUGGCCCUUCACCGAACUCAGCCUGAAAACUACAGGUUAGCGAAAGAGGCCCGGGCGAUAGGAUGAAAAGACUGGACUGAAGCCCGCCUGCCCUGCUAAUUUGCUGUAAGCUUCGGGCAGUCUCCCAGCUGCUCUGAGCCUUGGAUUUUUCACCUGUAACAUCGGAUUGAUACCUACGUGCCUGGCUGGCAGGUGGCCAUGGAAACCAAGUGAUGCAGGAUACGUGCAAGCACUCUGUAGAUUGUGAAGUGAUAUACAACAUAAAGUUUAUAUAGACAAGU